UCAAAUAACUAUUUCAACAGAAAAGUAAACAAAAAUAAUAUUUUUUAAAUAAUAAGAUUUAAACUAUAAAAAAAAAACAUUAUUAAACUUAUCCCUACUUAUAACAUUGUUUAAAAAAAAAACAAUGUCUCGUAAAAAGCAUCAUCAUCAUCAUCAAGAUGAACAAACAAAUCUAGUAGACUUCUCUUUCUGUGACCACAAAUCAGCUUUCGAAAGCAUCCUAACAUCGCCAACAAAUCAUGAACUUAUUGUUGAAGACAUUAGAGAUUUUUGGAAAUUCGUAAAUAAAUACGAAAGUAUGCUCCGAAAUGCUGGUCAACCUAUAUUACCUGAACCACUAUCAUUAUCAAAUCAAGUCGACGAAAAUAAAUACAAACAUUUUCACAAGCGUAACUUCUCUCCACUUGAACUCUCCUAUGAUACGGAGAAAUGUUCAAUGGGUCGCUACGUGGAACACACAAAAGAACUAAGUAAAUUGAAAAUACAACAAUUUGUUGAAGUUGUAUACAUUUAUUUGGAUUUCAAGCAAAAAGAAAAAUUCAAUAAAAUCAAAAAAUUAAGAAAGUCUCAGAGAAAUUUGCCAAUAGCUAAAUUUAAACAACAAAUACAAGAAACCUUGAAAAGUAGUCAAGUUCUUAUUGUGGCUGGAGAUACGGGUUGUGGAAAAUCAACACAAAUUCCACAAUUUCUUUUUGAAUUUGGAUUUAAGAAUAUAGCUUGCACACAGCCCAGACGACUAGCAUGUGUCUCACUUUCCAAACGUGUUGCACAUGAAAUGUUAGAUGACUAUGGAACGAAAGUUGGUUUUCAAAUUCGAUUUGAAAAAAGUAAAACAUCUAAUACAAAUAUUGUUUUUAUAACUGAAGGACUGCUACUUCGUCAGCUAGCUGUCGAUUCAAAUCUCGAUCAAUAUGAUGUUUUGAUAUUGGAUGAAAUUCACGAAAGAAAUCUUUUUGGUGAUUUUCUGCUGGGCGUCACAAAGUGCUUGCUGCGAGCAAAGAGCAAUAUGAAAUUAGUUCUUAUGUCAGCUACUAUAAAUGUGGAGCUCUUUAAAAAUUAUUUCCAAGAUGAAGGUGCUCAACUGAUAGAAGUACCUGGUCGAUUAUAUCCAAUAAAAACAAUCUACUUACCCCCGCCAAUGCUGGAUUUGAAACGAAGUGGUCAACGAAGUACUUCGGUGCGUCUUGAUCCGGCUCCAUUUAUUCAGGUUUUGAAUAUAAUUGAUCAAAAAUAUCCAUUAAGUGAACGUGGUGAUGUUCUUAUAUUUGUAAGCGGUGUUAAUGAAAUAACAACAGUCUGUGAUGCAGCCAAAGAAUACUCGGAGAAAAAUAAUCAUUGGAUUAUUUUGCCACUUCAUAGUGGACUAGCUUUAGCUGAUCAAGAUAAGGUUUUUGACUAUGCACCAGAAGGUAUGAGAAAAUGUAUUGUUUCAACGAAUAUAGCUGAAACUUCUCUUACUGUUGACGGAAUACGAUUUGUUGUUGAUUCAGGAAAAGUUAAAGAAAUGAGCUAUGACACAUCCAGUAAAGGACAAAGGCUUAAAGAAUUUUGGGUAUCAAAAUCAUCAGCAGAGCAACGAAAAGGACGUGCUGGUCGAACAGGUCCUGGGGUUUGCUAUAGGAUAUUUUCGGAGAAGCAAUUUGAAUCUUUAGAAUCCUAUCCAACGCCAGAAAUAUACAGAGUUCCUUUGGAAACUAUUUUGCUUCAAAUGAUCUCAAUGGGAUUACCAAAUGUAAGAAUUUUUCCAUUUAUCGAGGCUCCAGCUGAGGAAAAUCUCGAACAAACAAUUUUGGGUCUUAAACAGCAUAAUGCCUUAGCUGUGGAUGAAAAAAUCACACCUCUUGGACGUGCUCUUUCUAAUUUACCAGUUGAAAUAACUAUUGGCAAGAUGCUUUUGAUGGGUUGUGUUUUUACUGAUGUUGAAAAGAUACUAACUCUAGCCGCAGCAUUUAGUGUACAAAAUCCUUUUACUAAUCGAGCAUAUAAUGAUACAAAAUGUGCCAAAGAACGCGAAGAGCUUGAAUCGGAUCAAGGUGAUAUAUUUACUUUGUUAAAUGCAUAUCAGGAGUGGCUUCAUUUGAAAUCGGAUACGUCGGAAAACACUAGGAAAUGGUGUUUUAAAAUGGGAUUGGAAGAACAGAGAUUUUACGAAAUAGCCAAAUUAAGAAAUCAAUUUCAAAAUAUUCUCGAAACAAGUAACCUACUACCAUCUAAGACUGCUGAAUCAUUGUCCAGUGCAGAUCGAUCGCGUCGACAUGGUGAAGUUCGAAUGUUAAGAGCAAUCAAACGAAAGCAAAAAUAUCAAGAACCAAAAAAACGAAAAAUACUCAAAAGAAAUCAUGACGACGAAGAAGAUUUCGGUGAGAACACAGAUGAUAUUCGUGAUGUUGAUUUCAGGCUGACUCAUGAUUCUAAUAAAAUGGAGGUCUUGCUGUCGUCCUCAGAUGUUCGCAGGCAUAGAGACGUUAUUUUAUUAAAAUUAAUUAUAGUAAGUGGCUUCUAUCCACAAAUUGCUGUUGCAGAUGAUUUCAAUUAUUGCAAGAGUGCUGGUCAACAAUUCUUUCACACAUUUCUUAAGCCGUUUUUAUCCAUUCAUCCGAAUUCGCAAUUUUCGAAAAAUUUUGAAAUAUUAAAACUUAACGACAGUGACAUCUUAGAUAAGCCAAACUAUUACACACCGAAGCAGUCCUUAAGUACAGCACAUCAAGUUCUUUGCUAUCAAAAUCUUUUAGAAACAGCAAAACCAUAUUUAAUGAAUUCAAUAAGAAUGCCAGCUGCACAAACUAUGUUACUCUUCUCGUUUUCAAUUGAUACAAAUGCAUCUGUAACUCGUGUCGUAUGUGAUUCGUGGAUUUGUUUAGAUUUUCCAAUUCCAGAAACUGGUAGGGAACUAUUAAAACGUGCAAUUAAACUGCGAAGCAAAUGGUCAAAGAUGUUGAACGAAAAAUUAAAUGAUUUAGCUAAUCCAUUAGAAACGGAUUCGAGUAAGAAAAGCACAAGAGAAGAUCAAAUGGAACUUUGGGAAGACAUGGUAAAUUUUAUGAGCGCAAGCGUAGCUUAUACUGUGAAAAGACUUCUUCCAGCUGAUGCAAAGAAUCUUUAUACUGAGCAACAAUUGACGGAGCCCGAGAACCUAAAUCCAAAUCCUUUUUUGGAAGAUUUUACAGCUGUGCUCAAUACGGAAAAAGGAGGAAUGAAUGUCACGGAAAAUGUCGUAUACGGCUGCUUAAGAGAAGUCCAAUGGACAAUUGCAAUGGAUGCCGAAAUGAAUGAUCACAACUGGGAAUGUAGUCUCUGUAAUGAAGAGAUACAAAUGGAUGGUAUUCAUAAAUUAAUUCACAAAGCGAGAUGCAAGAAACAGAAAUCUGAGAGCAGAAAAUUGGAGGAAAAAAGAAAAAGUGUUGAUGAUCAGAAAAGAGAAACAAAAAGUGGACAAUCUGGUUAUAGUUGUUCGUAUUGUAAUAAAACGCUAUAUUUAUCUGCUAUAGACAUACUAAGACACAAAAGAAGUUGUAAAAAAUAAUAAAUGUAUGUAUAAAAGUUUAAUGGAAA